AUGGGACGUACAAGGCGAUUGCGAUUGAAGCGAAAACAUUCAGUAAGAUCUCUAAAUAUGGACAAUGAAUUGACCACAAUAAAUUUAACGAAGUGGCUAGUCGACAACAACUGGCGAAACGAUACAAAUUUGAGGUUAAGAGGCUUCCCUGAAACAGGGCGAGGAGUGACGUCAUCAAGACAAAUUAAAGAAAACGACAUUUUAAUUGCAGUGCCUUGCGAUCUAAUGAUAACGUACAAUACCCUUCAGGAAAACCUGCAGGAAAUGAUAUCACCCCGGAGUCACGGACUAAAAAUACACGAUUUGCUAACGCUUUUCUUAAUGAACGAAAAACGGAAGGACAAGUCGUUAUGGAGAGCGUACAUGGACAGUUUACCUUCGGAGUUGCCCCUUUUGCCCUGGUUAGCGCCUACAAGGGAAAUAAACUUGUACCCCUUAGAUCUGCGGAUAAUUAGCGAGAAAACCCAUGAAACUUUCACAGAAAGCAUGUCCAGGGUGAAAAAAUCGAUAAGUAAAGUCGACGGUUGCGUGUUUGAUGAGAAUUUAUUCAAAUGGGGAUACGUUUUGGUCAAUACAAGGGCAGUAUAUUUUGAUCCUAAAAUUGUUAAAUCAAACCAACAACUUUUAGAGAACGUAUUAAUAGACCAACCUUCUAUGGCCUUGUGUCCUUUCCUAGACAUGUUUAACCAUCAUUUCCUGGCUAUGACAGAAGCAGAAGCAGUAGAAAAGGAAGGAAAGCUGGUUUACCGACUUAAAACUUUUACUGAAUAUAAAAGAUAUGAUCAAAUUUUCAUAUCUUACGGGUCUCAUGACAACAUCAAGUUGCUUAUGGAAUACGGAUUUUUCAUCCCUGGAAACAAUUUAGAUGUUGUUGUGUAUGAUUUACAAAACCUCUUGGAUGUAUUUAGUCCGAAUCUAGACCAAAAACGUUAUAAAUUUAUUAUGGAUCAUGGUUUUAAUAGUGACUUGUAUAUUGGAUAUCUGGGAAUUUCUUUUAAUUUAAAAGCCGUUCUUUUUGUAUUUUUUUGCGAACAGAUACAGGAUUAUAGUGCGGUCAUUUUUAGUGAUAUUUAUCCGGAAGAUUUUCUAUUAACUAUGAGUGGGUGGAUUUUGGAACUUUUGGACUACAAGUUGACAAUUUUUGAGAGUGAUUACAACAAGUUGAAAGACUGUGGCCUCGCCAAGAGUGGAAAUGCCAAACUUAUGGAAGAUUUUCUUAAGUACAGGACAGUUCUUGUAAAUGAUUUAAGGAAUAAACUUUGUAUUCAGUAAUUUUUUUUAUUUCUAAAUUAAAGAGUGACCAG